AUGUGUUUCAACACAUAUAUUCAGCAUAUCAAAGCUGAAAAGUACCGUCAGUUCGGUUUCUCCCUCCAACUUCUUUAUCCAAUCCACUGGUUUCAGUUUGCCGAUGAUGCUGCGGUUAUUACUGGUCAAGAGUCGGAAAAUCAACAUCUCCUUAAUCGAUUCUCUAUCUGGUGUCAAUGGUCCAACAUGGUUGUUAGAGUUGAUGAAUGUAGCACAUUUGGCAUCAAAAAAGUUUUAUCAAAAUCUGCCCAGUACCUGCCGAAGCUUUUUAUCAAUAAGGAUCUCAUACCAACGAUUAAGACUGGAGAAUCAUUUGAGUAUUUGGGAAGACAUUCCGACUUUAACAUGACUAAUGAAAAACAUAAAUCUAAAGUGAUUUCCCUCAUUGAUGAACUAAUGUCCGAAAUAGAUCUUAAACUUCUUCACCCAAAAAACAAAAUUUUACUUUACAGUCGUUAUGUUUUGUCGAAGCUAUCCCGGUAUUUUACUGUUGCUACGAUAUCUAAAACUUGGGUAGUCGAAAAUAUCGAUUCUUCGGUGAACAAGUACAUCCGAAAAUGGCUGGAAGUACCUAUAUUUGGAACACUAAGUAACGUUUUUCUGACGCGUAAUAAGUUUGGUCUAAAUAUCCUCCCUGCAUCAGUCAAAUUCAUUCAAUGUCAAACAGUUCUACGCAAUGCCCUAAAAACAUCUCCAAACGAUUCAAUAAACGAACUGUGGAAGUCAACUAAUAAUUAUACUAACAUUCAAUACGAUAGCUACAACUCAACUAAGGAAGUUUUAAAAACUUUCCAUUCUCAACAAGAAAAUAAAUUUAGGAACCGUUUGAAAUGUCAAG